AUGUCUUCAACAUCCAAGAUUGACAUUCUGCAUCUGCUGCAAAAUAACAUUUCCAUCAAUGACCCUGCUUUUACAACCUUCAUUGAAUCUCUCUCGCCAAACUCAUCAAGUCCACCAUCCCAUGAAGAAAAAUCCUUUUCCGAUUGCAAAUACAUUAAUUGUUAUUCUCUAGGCUUAUCCAUCAUGACCAAACAAGAUAUGAAAACCAUAGAUACUGUCUUUUGCUAUUCGGAAAAAGACAAAAAGUUUAAACCCUAUACAGGCCCGUUGCCUCUUUCUCUGUCCCUAAAAGAAAACAAUGUUCAAGUGUUAAAACGAUUCAACAGAGAACCAGACGCCAAAGGAGGGGGUAAAUUUAAAUCGACUCCAAUUUGGAUUGAGUAUGCUGUAAAGUUAGAGUCUUGCUCCAAGCUGUUGGAUAUUACAUUUAAUUUUACAAAUUCCGAUUGGAAUGAUUUAGAAAAUCCAAUUCAUUUCCUAACCUUCUUUUUGAAAUAA